AUGCAGAAGGCACUGCAAAGAUCGCAGAUUUUGGUUUAUCUAGCGUUUUGGGGCAAGUGUCUCGAUCUCAUGGUUGCGGCAAUUCAGCAUACAUGGAUCCAGCGUCUUCUGAUAAUACGAAACGUGGAAAAAAAUCCGAUAUUUUCAGUCUCGGGGUGA